AUGGCAACGCCAAAUCAAAAUGAGUACACGGACAUUGAAUUGUCCACACUGGAGGUGGGAAGCAGCAAUAAAACCGAUCCCAUUUACUCCAUCAAGCCAGAUUUUAUCACGCAAUGGCGGCAAAAGAAGGAGCGAGAAAAUAUUUGCAAGUCUAUUUUCAAUCGCUUCGUCGAGCACACAGAAUGCAAACGACUUCUGGAGGCCGCUCAGCUCUAUCAUCCCUUUAUUGGUGAAAAUGGUGAGCUGAGUAUGUGGAACUCUGAAGUUGAAAUGGACAUGAUGACGGCCUAUACAAAUCGUAGUUUGAACCACAGCCUACUGGAGGAUUUCACGAAUGUCACCACACGCGAUCCCACACCAUCACAAGUUCUGCCACCUUUUGCACUUUGGCAGAGCAUAUUGAUCGCAUUGUGCCUAAUGAUCUGUAUCAUAUUGACGGUGGGUGGAAACGUGCUUGUGCUGCUCGCAUUCAUCGUCGAUCGAAAUAUCAGGCAACCGAGCAAUUAUUUUAUUGCAUCAUUGGCCGCAACAGAUGUGCUAAUCGGUACAGUCUCCAUGCCCUUUUAUACCAUAUACGUACUAAUGGGCUAUUGGGAUUUGGGUCCGCUGUUAUGCGAUCUGUGGUUGUCUGUAGACUAUACGGUGUGUCUGGCCUCCCAGUAUACAGUGCUACUCAUAACCAUAGAUCGUUAUUGCUCGGUUAAGAUCGCUGCCAAAUACCGCAGUUGGCGUACCAGGAAACGUGUUAUCUACAUGGUUACCAUCACUUGGAUCAUACCAGCGCUGCUUUUUUUCAUAUCCAUAUUUGGCUGGGAACAUUUUACGGGCAAACGUGAUCUUUUGCCCGGCCAGUGUGCUGUGCAAUUUCUCAAGGACCCCGUUUUCAACACCGCUCUUAUUAUUGGCUACUAUUGGACCACGCUGGUAGUGUUAUUUGUAUUGUAUGGCGGUAUUUAUCGCACGGCUUACGAAAUGCAAAAACGGAGUGAGGCUAAACAGCGAAAAAUGCAGUCAAUGGUGGCAUUGAGUGCGGGCGCUAUGUCCGGUAUGGCGGGCCAUGCCGCUGGUAUAGGUGCCAUUGAGGAGAAGAUAUUGAAAACGAAAGUAGAGAUUGGCGGUAUUAGCGGCAAAGAUGGAACUAAUUGCAGUAGUCCCAUUAAGCGUGGUUCUGGGCAAAUGAAUCCAAUGACACAAGCUGAAGCCCUUAACGGCACUGCAGUCGAUACUGUCAAUGAGCAACGCCGUAUUUCGGAAGACAAAGCGGAAAACGGUAAACGAGAUGGCGGUUCAGGUGAAACGGAAAAAAGUGAACGAUCCAGUAGUCCGGCUUUUGACUCCGAUGAGGAAAGUUCGGUCAAUCAAACACAACAAAUGAUAAAUCAACAAAAACUAGCCAACCUUCGGAAACGCUCCUCAAUUGGACUGGUAUUUGGCGCACAGGCAGCACUUAUUGCCACGCGCAGUAAAGGUAAUUUAACCCAGUGCUCCACAAAUUCUAAAUCCAGUGAAGCCAUGGCCACAACGGCUACCGCAACUUCCCCCAACCCGGCACGCAGUGGUGUGCUGAUACGUGCCCAAAGCAAAGAAGAAGUGAGCGUGCAUUCAACCACGAGUGGCGAUCGACCCAAACGUACUUCCUGCACAACCCUUUCCCAAAUUGUUGAAACUGAUCGUCUAGUUGAUGAGCAGAACAGAAUUGAACCCACACAGCCACGUUCCCGUUCCAGUACCACUACUAGGCUGCAAGCUGAGUCCCCAUUAUCGCCUGUGGAUAUUGCCCCGAUCGAGGUCCCUCGUGACCAAAUACAACCAUGCUUGGUUCAGGCUAUUCUUCCACCUCCUGAACAGUUCCAAUGCCCCUCACCCUUCUCCGAAUAUUCAGAUAGACCACUGGGCGGCACCAGCAGCAACAGCGAACUGAAUAUGACCUACAACCUGCUCACCAAUCACUCCGAUCUGCGAUUCAUGGACGAAAGCUCUAUCAUGCUAGCCUCGCCUACCACCAAUGAGAGCAUAACCACCUCCCUACGGCAAGCGAUAUCACAGCCCGCGCCUGAUCGUGCAAAUCAAGUCGUCACGAACCCCAAGUUGUUGCAGCAAGCGCUGCAAAAGGCUGCAGCUGCUCAACAGCAACUGCAACAAUCUAAGACCAAAAGUGCACGCCGUACUUCCCCACCUGGUGCCAGCAAUCCAUCCGCUCCACCCAAUGGCAUGGAAGGUUUUGUCAAAUUGCGACGAGAGAGUUGUGUAGAGGCUAUAAGCUUGCUAACUAUCAACGAACAAGCUAAAUUAUUUGAUGAUGCGGGAAUCGCAACGGAGAUACGACGUAGUUCCAGCCCACUGGAGACGAUAACGAAACGCACAUCCAUCACAACAGCUGGCGCAGAUACCACCGUAACUACAGUAGCACUAUCAGUGCAAAACCAAGUAACGACAACCGUUGCCACUAAUAUUGCGCCAGCGCUGCUAGAAAAAAUCGAUGAACGUGAAAUAUCGGAUACGACAACAAACACCAACAAAUUCGCCUCCAUCACAGAAGGGGCUGUAAGCUCGGAAUCAACGUUGCCACCAGUCACGAGUACCGCACAAAAUGCCAACCCCAACAAUACGAUGUUCGUAUCAGGCGCUGGUAUCAGCACAACCUACGGCAGCAGUAGUAGCACUUCGAACACCAACAAUAAGCCAUCGAGCAUAAAAUCGCAUACACAAGCGAGCGGAGAUGUGACCAGCCGAAAUUCAAGCAAACGUGAUUUCAUUCAUUCGAUCGGUAAGCACUUCAAGAGCAAAAAGAAGCUGCCGCUGGUAAUAGGUGGUGGACGACAAAAAUCCAAAUCAGAGAAUCGGGCACGCAAAGCGUUUCGCACGAUCUCCUUCAUUCUUGGCUGUUUUGUGGCGUGUUGGACACCAUAUCAUGUGCUUGCGCUAGUGGAAGGCUUCUGCCGAAAUCCACCCUGCACAAAUGAGCACCUCUACAUGUUUUCAUAUUUUCUAUGCUAUGCGAAUAGCCCGAUGAACCCCUUUUGUUAUGCGCUUGCAAACCAACAAUUCAAGAAGACAUUUACGCGGAUACUCAAAGGGGAUUUUCACAUGACUUAA